AUGUUUCGAAUUCUCGAAUCGCAGGCGCCGGCCAAACAAACGGCAACGGAUACAAUCAACACUCUCAGCAGUAGACUUCAAAGUGCGACUCUACUGGAAGACCGACGGGCGGCAAUUCAAGGCCUGAGAAGCUUCGCGAAAAUCUAUCCUGCCUCUGUUGCAUCUGGCGCGCUGCGACCAUUGAUCGGCUGUCUCAGGAAUGAUCAAGAGGAUGUAGAUACGGUCAAGGUGGUCUUGGAGGCCCUGUUGAUGUUAUUUUCUCCCGAUGAGAGCAGCCCUGAAGCAUCUGAUGAAAUAGCUCUUUGGCUAUCCGAUGAGUUUACUCAGCGACAAGACAAUAUAACAGCUCUUCUUGACCUUCUUGAUACUCGCGACUUCUACUCCCGCUUAUAUUCUUUGCAAUUGAUAUUUCAAAUUUCUAGUGCGCGACCGGAGAGGACGCAGGAGUGUAUUCUAACAGCUCCGUUGGGUAUUCCGAGGCUAGUCAGUGCCCUGGGCGACGCUCGAGAGCCGGUUCGAAAUGAAGCCUUACUGCUCCUCAUUGCCCUGACACCUUCCUCGGAGGAGUUGCAAAAACUCGUUGCCUUUGAGAAUGCGUUCGAUCUUCUAUUUACCCUAAUCGAAAAAGAAGGCUCUUUGUCACACGGGUCAGAGGUCAUCGAAGACUGUCUCUCUCUGCUCGCGAACCUUCUUAGACUUAAUAUAUCCAAUCAGUCCUAUUUUCGGGAGACGGGAUGUGUCAAGCGAUUGGCAAAGCUCCUUGCUGAUGUCAACCAUGAACAGGAAUCAGAUGAACCCACUCCGCAAUGGACUCUUGCUCAGCGAGACAAGAACAUCUGGGGUCUUCUGGUUAUUAUUCAGCUAUUCCUAGUUCGGGGUGGGAUCAACACGCCCGCUAACCAAAUGGCCUUCUGGCACAGUGGCGUUAUGGAGCAAGUUUUGAGCACAGCCUUCAGUCAGAGGUUUAGUGUCAAUGUUACGUCCAAGGCACUGGCAACAUGUGCGGACUUGAUCCGCGGGAACCAGCCAUUACAGGAGAGGUUUGGGGAUGUUGAGGUCUUCUGGGGCGCACAGCCUGCAGAAGGUGCUUCUAAUGGAGAGCUAGCAAACCAAGGACUUCAACCAAUUAAUGUAAUCGAAGCAUUACUCAAGCUGAGCCUUGAGCCUGCUACACUACAGCUGCUCGAUGCGCGCCUAGCUGCCUGUGAAUGUGUCAAGGCCUUCUUCGCAAACCAUGCCGGAAUUCGCGUCCAUGUUCUGCGCAGAGCCAUCGAUGGUCAUUUGAGCGGACAAGAUGAGAUCCCAAAUAUUCUGACCGCUUUGCUUCUCCCACCAGAAUCUCGUGGGAAUGCUGACCCAUAUCAGACUUGGAUGGCUUCUGUUCUAAUGUUCCACCUACUCUUUGAGAACGCCGAGGCAAAAGCAAUAGCCAUGGAGGUUACGGAAGGCGAUGCUGAGAGUGGGGAGGAAGUCAUAACUUGCAUCCAGUCAAUAGUAGGCAACUUACUUACUGGCAUGCAACGAGGUGACGAUGAAAGAAUCUCUGUCGGAUACUUGAUGCUGCUCUGUGGUUGGCUUUUUGAAGAACCCGAUGCCGUCAAUGAUUUCCUUGGAGAAGGCAGCAGCAUCCAAAGCUUAUUGCAAGAAAUCAAACAUCGCUAUGUUUCUAACGUGCUCGUGUCUGGCCUAUGCACUAUUUUGUUGGGUGUCAUAUAUGAGUUCUCCUCGAAGGAUUCGCCCAUCCCUCGCAAGACUUUGCACCAAUUACUGACCGAACAAAUGGGCAGGGAGCAAUAUAUUGAUAAGAUAACAAGAUUCAGGGAAUCUCCUAUGGUUCGGGACUUUGAAGUCUUGCCACAAACUGUCGGUGGGCAGUACGAGGGUGGGCUACCUGAAAUAUUUUUCGACAAGACAUUCGUGGACUUCCUCAAGGAUAACUUUGGCCGUAUGAUUCGUGCCAUCGAUCGUGAACCAGGGUUGGAGAUAUCAGUUAUUACGAACGGCAUUGAGAGAGGAGUCUCGCGUGAACUGGUUGAUUCUCUGAAAGCUGAACUCGAAGAAAGGAGCCAGGCAGUGCAGAAACUGGAAUCUGAUCUAGUUGCCUUGCACAAUAGACUUGAACAAGAGCAGCUUGAAUACAGAAAAGCCCGGGAAACCAGUGCCAUGGAAAUAACUAGAAUACAGCAAAUCAACGAGUCGCUUCAAAGACAUCAUGCGCAAGAACUAGCAGCGCUGGAGGAACAACAUCAACAUGCGAAAAAUGAACUCGUAAAGCAGUAUGGCGAACAGCUCCGGACCAUCGACUAUCAGCUGAAAGAGACUUCCGUUGAAUACGAGAAAAAGAGCUACAAAGCUCGACAGCACCAUGAAGCUGAGGUAGCCGAUCUGCAGAAGAAGAUCCGAUCGCUGGAAGCGGAACUUGGACGGGCCCAAGAACAGCAUACUGGAGAGGCUGCUAAUCUCAAAGCUACUAUCCAAGCCUUGAGAUCCAGUGCUGACAAGGCAAACGAAAAUCAUGCAGCAGAAGUUUCAAAUUUGCAUAAUACUGUUCAAAAGCUCGACUUUGAGGCUAGCCAGAGCCAGAGACAGCAUGCUGCUGAAGUAUCCAACCUCAACCAAACUAUCCAUAGUCUACAGUCAGAGGUUGAGGCUCUCAAGCAACAAAACGAGAGCAACUCCGCUGAACAUAAGAUCACAAAUGAGAGAUUACAAAAGGAACUCGAUACGGCCAAAGAGAAAGCUACGCAAGAUAUUCAGGCUGUACAUGAUGACUAUACCUCCAAGUGUGCUGCUCUAGAAAAACGAGCUGAGGAGGCGGAGCAGAAAACAGGGCAGAAGUUGCAAAGAGAGUUGGAGAAGGUCAAGUUGGAAGCCAAGGAUCAGGCCGAAGAAGCUCGCAAGGCAAAGGAGAACGAAUCGGUUGCGCAGAAAUCCACCCAAGAGAUCGAUGAGUUACGGAAAGAGUUGGAAAAGCUGAAAUCAGAGGUUAAAGAGAAAGAAGAAGCACGCAAGUCAGCCCAAUCCGAACUAGAGGACCUCCUGAUUGUGUUCGGAGACUUGGAGGCUAAGAGGAACGAAGACAAGAAACGCCUGAAAGACCUUGGACAGGAAGUAUCCGAAGCCGAAGAUGACGAUGACGAUGACGAGGAAGAUGAGGACGAUGAGGAAUGA